GGGCAAUAUUUUCUUUUGAAUAAAAGUUGUUAGCACCUGAGUCAAGUUUAGAUUGUAUUAUCUGAAGUAUUAUUUUUUUUAUAUGAUUUGAUUGUUAGUUUUUUUACAGUAUUAUGUACUUACCUUUGUGUUUUAUUAUUAUUUAUUUGAUAGAUUUUUUUUUAUCCUUAAGAAACUCUUACAUUAUUUUACCAGAAUUACACUUUUAUUGCUAAUAUUCUAUUGAAAAUUAUUAGUAAUACAUGUAUAUUUUGUUACAAUAUUAUUGAGACACCUAUAAUCUUGACUGUUUGACAAUUAAUCAACUUGAUAUCUCCAACGUUAGUUAUCACUUCAAACCAGAUUUAUAGUGAUAACACUUACUAAAAUUCUUCUGUUAACAUAACGAAAACAUGAAUUAUAUGAUAAAUUGUUUGAUUGUAGGCAACACCCUUUCUGAACUUUUUAAAAUCAAUGUUAAAAGAGGAGAAACCGUUAUGGGGCUCAAAAAGAUCAUCCUUGAAGAGCAGAAUUUUGACGAUCUUUCUUUCAAGCUGUGGAAAGUUGAUAUUCCUUUUUGUGGGCAGGAUGAGAAAUUAAUAAAACUCAUUGCUGACUGUUUUAAUAUAAGGGAAGAUCUUGAAGGCUUGGAAAUGAAAAAUACUGAUAAUAUUGAUCUCUUUAAACUCUUUUUAAAUAAUGACGAAAAGAGUAUACAUAUUCUUGUCGAAUCACGUAUCAGUUUCAAAAUUUGCACUGAAAAAAUGGAACUUGUCCAAAAUGAUACUAUUGUCGAUAACAAUUCUUCGACAAAAGGUUUGAUCAAAUUUACGCCUAAAGGAUUUAAAAUUGUAGUAAAUAACGAGUUAGAAUUUAGCUCAUUUAAAGAAUUCAUCCAACAAACAAAAUCUAAUCUACACAAAAAAUCCUCUAAGGAAAACUUAAAGGUCAGUAAAGAUCUGGUUUUGAUACAUCUAAUCAAAUAUCUCAUGAACUUAUUUAUUUCUAGAUAUACAUUCACGAAUUGGAUAUUAUGUUGGACUGGCCUACAUUUCGACUUAGGGUACUUCAUGAGAGAAAAAUUAACAGAGGUUUGAGAAAGCUCUGCAAAGACUUAGGUGAUUUAGGUAUGUGAUAAUUGAAGGUAAAUCCAAAAUAUAACUGUACCUGAUUAAUAUCUACAAUUAUAGAAGCUAAAGCAGUUCCGGAAGUUGGCGAUCGUAAAAUUCAACAUAUAUCUGAUGGUGGUAUGGCUGUUGCUUCCGUUCUUUUUGCAGAAGAAUAUGCAAAAGUAAUUCCAAUAAUCUAUGCAUAUCCGGGGAAGGUUGACGGAAAAGCCUACAUCAUUGCUGUAUUAAAUCCGGCCGAAAAGUCAGAUGUUCAUCUUAGGAAAGUGUCAGCAAAGUUCAAAGGUUUUCCAGUAAUAAUUGGUUACGGGACCUUUGAACCACUUUAUCGCAAUCGUCAUGAUAC